CUCUCUCACGGAAAUAAUUGGUAAUAUUGACCCCGCCUUACUCCGCCACUACACUACCCCUCGCUCUCGCAAGAUGUUCCUAUCAGUCAUAAGAGUGAACACUUCUGCUCCACCUAUUUCUUACUCACAGGCGAAUACAGGAACAAUCGUUGCUCGUGUUUCACGUUAGUCUAUCUGACAUCAGGAUCCGGACGUGCUAGCUUCUAAACUUUAUAUUUACCUCACUAUUCAUUUCAUCACCUUCCACAUCCCAUCUUUCCAAACUCCAAUUCAACAGUCAUGUCUCAAAUAACGCCCUACAAGAUCAACGUCGACGAGAAGUGUCUAGCAAAACUCAAGCAAAAGCUCGAAUUAGUCGACUUCCCAGAAGAACUCGAAGGCGCAGGAUGGACCUACGGAGCCUCCCUAUCAGAAAUCAAAUCCCUAACCAAAUACUGGCUCGAAACCUUCUCCUGGCGCACCACUGAAGCAAAACUCAACGAGCUCUCCCACUUCAUCACCCCAAUAACAGUCCAAGGUUUCAAACCCGUCGAUAUCCAUUUCGUCCACCAGAAGAGUGAAGAUCCAAAUGCGAUCCCGCUGCUGUUCGUGCAUGGUUGGCCGGGUAGUUUUAUUGAGGUGACGAAGAUGUUGCCGUUGCUCAAGAAAGGGGAGGGGGAGGGGAAGAGGGCUUUUCAUGUUGUUGCGCCGAGUAUGGCGAAUUAUGGGUUCUCGGGAAGGGUUACUGAGAAAGGGUGGGGAAUUGGACAACAUGCGGAGGCUUUGCACAAGCUUAUGUUGAAUUUGGGUUACGAUCGUUAUGUGACUCAAGGAGGAGAUUGGGGUGCUUUCGUCACUAGAACGAUUGGGUUGAAGUAUCCGGACCAUUGCAAAGCAAAUCACAUCAAUAUGAUCAGUGCCGCUGAGCCAGUUUGGACAGCCGAGAAUCCGAAGCCAGAAUACUCCGAGGACGAAAAGGAAGGAAUGGCAACGCAGCAAGCCUUCCGAGCAGAAGGGAGCGGGUAUCUCGCCAUCCAAGGAUCGAAGCCCGCUACCCUCGCCUUCUCCCUCCAAGACUCACCAGUUGGUCUUCUCGCCUGGAUCUAUGAGAAACUCCACACAUGGACAGAUUCCUACCCCUGGACACCCGAGCAAAUCCUAACCUGGAUCUCCAUCUACUACUUCUCCACCGCGGGUCCCUACGCCGGGAUCUACACCUACUACGAAGCAAUGCACGACCCGGUCCUCAACUUCUCCGCUUUUCAGCAAUAUAUCGACCUCCCGCUGGGUGUAGCUGCGUUUCCGAAGGAGAUGAUCAACUCGCCGGAGAGCUGGUGGGGGACGAUGGGGCCGAUUGUGCAUAGGAAGAGGUUUGAGAAAGGUGGGCAUUUUGCGGCGUGGGAGAGGCCGGAGGAUUUGGUGGGAUGUUUGUGGGAGAUGUUUGGGGAGGAGGGACCGGUGGGGAAGAUUUGAGGAGGGGUUGUGGAUGGUGAGUUGGGGUGGUAAGACGUAAUUGUCUGCUUUCGUUACGUGGUAUUUUUAUGCAUAGUUUUCGAGGUAUCUUCUCUUCACUUUUCUUGCUGAACUUCUUGUUCCUUUCUUCAAUAUGUUGUACCCUUCGAGGUGAGUUGUAAAUGAUUCGACGAGGCUCUGGCCCUUUGCAACAGGAUUUAGAGUAAGUGCGACAACCCAGGCGGCAAAAUUUCAUAUUAUCCUUCCAAAAUUCGACUUUUCCGAAGGCUGUACUUGACUCGGUGUUCAUAGGAGAUUCGGAAGGAGGAACAGUGGGUAAGAUUGAGGGAGGCUUGAGUCUUGUAGGUUGGUUUGGUAAAGCGCAAUUAUCGUAUCCUAGU